GAGAAGAGUUUAAACUUGGGCCGUUGGAUGUGGGCUCGAUCGGACGGCUGCAAGUGGCGAUCCCAGUCCUCGAUGGAGAUUGGCCCGUGUGUGUAUAUAUAGGGCUCUUGAGACACUGCCCGUGCUGUUGAAUCGUUGCUCCUCUUCUUCCACGCUCGCCUAGGCCUGGAUUGUGGAUUUCUUCCCUCGCUCCUCAAUUCUUGGGAGAUUUCUUCUGCGUAGCGUUGAGAUUUCGCGAUGGCUGGUGGAGGCCGUGGCAAAUCCGCGGGCAAGAAGGCCGUGUCGAGGAGCGCCAAGGCGGGGCUCCAAUUCCCGGUGGGGAGGAUCGCCAGGUUCUUGAAGCAUGGGAAAUACGCCGAGCGUGUCGGCGCUGGAGCUCCGGUCUACAUGGCCGCGGUGAUGGAGUACCUGGCGGCGGAGGUGUUGGAGCUGGCAGGAAACGCCGCGCGCGACAACAAGAAGAACAGGAUCGUCCCCAGGCACAUCCAGCUCGCGGUGAGGAACGAUGAGGAGCUGAGCAAGCUUCUCGGGCAUGUCACGAUCGCGAGCGGCGGUGUUCUUCCCAACAUCCAUUCGGUGCUUCUCCCCAAGAAAUCGGCCACCUCAGGCGGCAGCAAGGCCACCGAUUCGGACUAGACGGCGCGGCGAUCGCAAGAUCUCCUAGAUUUCUUUCUCACAGUGCAAUGUACCAUACACACACUUGUAAUUCUUUCUAACUUACAGAAAUUUCGAGCUUGGAUCCAUUC